CUCCCGGGAAGGACGCCACAAGGCGCGUGAUGCGGGCGGCGGGGCUCUUGUCCGACCUGCAGAAGAUCUUCGCGAUCUCCAGGGGCACCGCGGAGGAAUUGUCGCAGGCGGGAAUGCUUGUGAACGAUCAACGGACGACUCUGGCCGGCUUGUCGAACUAUGUCUCCAACGCGAAUGCUCUGACCAGCAGCAUGAAGGACACGGUCCAAGAAGUGGACGUCCUGCUGCAGGACCUCAGCUCGAAGGCGAAGGCAAGCAUGUGCCCAGGCAAUGGCGGCGUUUCAACUGGUUCCUCGGGCGGGCGACGCGAACGUCCUUGGACUGGUGGUGCACGGCGACCGCGCGCGCAGUGGCGCGUCUGGCGCCGUCGGUGGGAUGCCAGCCCUGCAGAUGGACGCCCCUUCCAGCGCGACGCCAGCCUUGACGGCCGCGCCGACUGCGGCCCCUCCGAUUGCGCCUGCAGCGCCGCCCGCGCCGGCAGCAGGGCUGCCGGCGCUCGUGCCUGCGGCCGCGGCGGAAGCAGGCCGCCCGCCGCCCGCGGCAGCAGCAG